AACUCAAUUACCCAGCAUGCUCUGCUCCAAAGCAGUUACGUGACGUUUCCACAUCCAUUGCUGAUGACGGUGGUAAAUGGCUGGGAAGAUAAGUGUCUCCUAAAACAACAUUAUUUCGCCAGGCAUAUUUUCUAUCCAUAGGCAACAGAAUGAAGAAAUGAAGGUUAAGUGAUCCAACAGCCGGUAAAGUUUACCAGACGCUUCUGGGGUUCUUCAACGCGUCUAGCUUUGUUUCCUGGGCCUGUUGCUAACGUCGGGAAAUCCUCGGGCUGACUCGGCAGGCAAACACCGGGACAACAGAGCAGCAGACCGAAGACUGGAGCUCCGGGCUGCUGCUUCACUACGACCAGGUUUCUCUAACACUAACUGGGUGUUCUCGUCUCCAGAGAAACUGUGUUGUCUUCAUACUUUGUGACGGACGUGAAUAAUCGUACCUGAAGGGUUAGUUUGACAGUUUGCCAGCAUUUAGCACUCCGGUGUUUACCAGCUAACUCAACCAGAAGCGUCUCCUUAAAUUAAAAGGAUUGUAUUUGUUUCAGUUUGAAAUGUACAUAUUUGACUCCAAGCACGCUCCAGAAACCUGCUAGACAUUUGUUGGCUCGUUGUGCUACUACCUACAAAGUGAAGGUGACUAGCUUGGUGGCUAAUUCAAAAAGCUGCCUAGCUGAGGUUAUCACACACUUUGGGGCUUAUCUACAAAGUUUUUUAGCUUGUUAAGCUGUAAAAUUAUGACUUUCUAUCAACGUUACCGUCUUUAGCUACACAGAGUAUGUUGUAGCUUGCUUUAUUUAAAGGUAAAAAGCCUGACGAGAAGUAUUUGAGAACCAGAGGCAGCUUUAUCCACAUUCCAGACAGCUGCUGGAUGAAGGCUCACAGAAAAGCCUGGAUAUUGAUGUCGCCAGGACUCGCCAGUUUCUCCAGUUCUACUUGUCAAUAUCGCUCCUCCAGCUACAUCUAACAUCUGGCGCACCAGAACGAACUGACCCGCCUGUGAGCUCUCUCUUUGGGCUUAUUUGCUCAAGGAACAUCCUCCUCCAAGCAGGCUUAAAAUGAAUCGUUACCUCCCUGUGGCACGCCAGCACUUCCUGGCCGCGCUCGCGAGCACCAGCGUGGUGGUGAAAACCAUCAGCGCCGUGGUGGUCCUCCUCUACCUGCUGGCCUGGGCGGUUGACACUUCCUACGCGCUAGGCGUGACCCCUGGCUACCUGUUUCCUCCCAACUUCUGGGUGUGGACGCUGGUGACCCAUGGGUUGGUGGAGCAGCAUGUGUGGGGCGUGGCGGCCAGCGUGGGGACAGUCAUGGCCUGUGGGCGCCUCCUGGAGCCCCUGUGGGGUGCCCUGGAGCUCCUGAUCUUCUUCGCCGUGGUCAACGUGUCAGCGGGAGUCCUGGCAGGGCUCUCCUAUCUCCUCACGUACGUGGCCACGUUUGACCUGGACUUCCUGUUUGCUGUGCGCAUCUAUGGAGCUGCGGGCUUCUUGGGAGGUGUCCUGGUGGCUCUGAAGCAGACUAUGGGGGACACCACUGUACUCAGAGUCCCACAGGUGAGACUCAAAGCUGCCCCGGCGUUGGUCCUCCUCCUCCUGGCCUUGCUGCGACUGUCCGGGCUGCUCGACAGCUGCGCCCCGCUGGCUGCGUACAGCUACGGUGCGCUGUCCGGCUGGGUCUACCUGCGCUUCUACCAGAGACACAGCCGGGGCCGCGGGGACAUGUCCGACCACUUUGCCUUUGCCAGUUUCUUCCCUGAGGCGGUCCAGCCGGCGGUGGGGCUGCUCGCCGGUCUCGUGCACGCCGCCCUGGUGAAGAUAAAGGUGUGCAGGAAGAUGGUGAAGAGAUACGACGUGGGGGCGCCAUCCUCCAUUACGAUCAGCUUGCCAGGGACGGAUCCCCAGGAUGCCGAGAGGCGGAGACAACUGGCCCUGAAAGCUCUGAAUGAACGCCUAAAGCGAGUGGAGGACCAGUCCGCUUGGCCCAGCAUGGACGACGAGGAAGAAGACGAUGACGACGAGGUCCGAACCGACAGCCAGCCGCUCCUCCCUGGUGGGCGCGACACCUCGUCCUCGGCCCAGAGAACCUCCGGAGGGCCCUCAGGCGCUUCCCUGUCCUCCACCUCACCAUCGUCGGCAUCACAGAGCGGCGGGACAGCGUCCCCAAGUGGAGUGCAACACCCCGAGUCCAGCAUCAUCACCUUCGAGGAUGCAAGCUCUAGAUCAUAGCAAGUGGAGCCUCUGGUGUAUGCAGAUGCACGCUCUCGUUGGUGUCACUGAGCAGUAUGCUAGUGCUUCACGCGUCCACAGCUGGUAAUACACUCAGUAACGAUGAUUAGAUGUUGAUAUUUCACUCUACACAACAUCUGUGAUGAGCUAACACAUGAAAUUGUGCUCUCAAACUGUCUAAAGACUGUAAAGUGCUUUCAGUUCAGACAUGUCAGUCACAAAAGCUCGGCGCCGUUGGGCAAACCUAGUUCCUACUCUCCUUCCCACGUGCAAUUGAAAAUAAAAGAAAAUCUGUGUGUUAGGGCUACAUCCUGACUUGCAGAACUCUGAUCACUGCUA